AUGGCUUUGAACAAUAACCAAGACAGUAUUUACCAGGAAUCAGCACUGGACGCAACAUUUCGAAUCCACGAAUCCGACGCUGAUUCACUUUUUAGCACUGGCUCACACCAAUUCAACAGAGAUGGCCAAGAUGAGGAGGAGGAUAGGCACAAUGACAUGGACGACGACCACCAAACGCUACUCCCAUUAACGCACCAUGAUAACAGUUCCUCCAACAGUGUUUUUUCGUUCGAAACUAUACCCAUGAUCCCAUUGUCGCAGACGCAGACACGAGGGCCUGAACUGCAAAAGAAGGUGUCGUUUUGGAAUGGACUGGGGCUGGUGGUAGGAUUGAUGAUUGGCAGUGGUUUGUUCAGCUCUCCAGGGCCUGUCUUGGAAUCAUCCGGUGCGUAUGGUACAGCACUGGUGGUGUGGCUCAUCUCUGGCUUGCUGGCCAUGUGUGGUGCCUUGUGUUACGCAGAAUUAGGCACCAUGUUGCCCAUGAACGGUGGUGAAGCAGUGUAUCUAGGCAGAGCAUUCGGUAGUCUUAUCUCCUUCAUGUUUGAAUAUGUUACCAUUGUGAUACAGAAGCCUGGCAGCUUAGCGAUUAUCUGUAUCGUGUUUGGUGAUUACGUCUCACGUAUUGCAUAUCACACCUACUUUUUCAAUGUGCCACAUGACUCGGAUGCUUCUGUUGAGCUGGCAGACUCUGUGAUCCCUCCGUUUUUGCCGAAAUUAUUGGCGGUUAUUUGUAUGUUUGUAUUGACACUGAUUAAUGCGCUCUCUGUUCGUGCUGGCAUUCGUGUGCAAGACGUAUUGACCGUGGUCAAGGUGCUGACGGCUAUUGUGAUCUCUGUGGUGGGUGUGGUGGUGUUGACCAACAAGGGAUUAGUGGUUGGAAACAGCCUGCAAGGAGAUCCGUUUGAAGGAUUUGAAUCCAUCAGUUUUGGACAGUUUGCCGUGGCCUUUUAUUCAGGUCUAUGGGCUUAUGAGGGUUGGAAUAACCUCAACUACGUGUCUGGCGAGAUGAAGGACCCGCAUCGUGAUUUACCACGAGUGAUUAUCUUUGGCAUCCCAGUGGUCAUCUUUUGCUACAUGCUAUCCAACGUAGCUUAUUUGGCUGCUUUGAGAUCUGAAGUUGUCAUGCAUACGAAUACGGUUGCCAUGGAUUUUGGAAAGAAAAUAUUUGGACCAGCGGGUGGAAUCAUCUUUGCAGUGUGUGUUGCACUGAGCUGCUUUGGGUCUGCCAAUGCAAGUGUGUUCACAGGAGCACGUAUUAUCUAUGUGUCUGCAAAGCAGGGACAUAUCCCAAGCUUUUUUGGCAAGCUCAGUCAGUCAAGACAGACGCCCAUAUUAGCAUUGCUUUUGCAAGCUUGUCUGACGACCGUUAUGAUCAUGAUUGGCUCUUUUAGAGUGCUGGUGAACUUUUACUCGCUUUCAUCCUGGAUAUUCUACUUUUUGGCAGUGCUUUCUUUGCUCGUCUUUAGAUACACUGAACCCGAUCUCAAGAGGCCCUAUCGUGUAUGGUUAUCAACACCCAUUUUAUUUUGCAUCGUCGCACUGUUUUUAUGUACGACCCCGUUCAUAGAAGCCCCUAUUGAAAGUGUCAUUGCAUUGGGGAUUGUGUUAUUGGCCAUUCCGAUAUGGCUUGUCCAUGUCAAGUUUAGGCCAUGGAUUGCUAGAGGGUGGGAACACAUUACCAGUCGAAUCAAGGGGCACAGAAAUAGACAAGGCUAUCGCGGCAUGGAAAUGGCCGAAGCAGAUUAG